ACCGGCCGGGCUGCACCUGUUACAUAAGGCGGCGGGCGGCCGCUGAGCGCCCCGUCCCCGGCCGCCCCUUGCCGUUGCGGCCCGGCCGGGCCGGGGGCUGCCGGGCGCUGCCGGGCGGCGCAGUCAGGCUGCGAGGUGGUAGCGGGGCCGGGGGGGGAUGAGCCCACCGGGCGGUAAGGAGGGCGGCCGGAGGCGGCGCCGGGCGGCGGGAGCCAUGGCGGACGGCAACGCGGACUGGAUGGGCUCCUUGCCGGCGGCGCUGUGCAGCUACCCGCUUUCCAACCUGGCCAUACCAGGAUCACAUGAUUCUUUCAGCUACUGGGUUGAUGAGAAGUCUCCUGUGGGACCAGACCAAGCCACUGCCAUCAAACGCCUGGCCAGAAUUUCUUUGGUUAAGAAGAUAAUGAAGAAAUGGUCAGUAACUCAAAAUCUGACUUUCAAAGAGCAAUUGGAAGGUGGAAUCCGCUAUUUUGAUCUCCGUGUAUCUUCCAAGCCUGGGGAAAUAGGACAGGAGAUUUACUUCAUACAUGGAUUGUUUGGCAUUAAAGUAUGGGAUGGACUAAUGGAGAUUAACACCUUUCUUGAGCAACACCCCAAAGAAGUCAUCUUCUUGGAUUUCAAUCACUUCUAUGCCAUGGAUGACAGCCAUCAUUUCUUCUUGAUCAACAGGAUUCGCUCGGCAUUUGGAUCCAAACUUUGUUGCGUUGAAUGUGUAGAAUAUGUGACGUUACAGUACAUGUGGGAGAAGAAGCAUCAGGUUCUUAUUUUCUACCACUACCCCUUGUAUCGAGAAUUUCCCUUUCUAUGGCCAGGGAAUAAAAUGCCAGCACCAUGGGCUAAUACGACCAAUGUGCACAAGCUCUUACAGUUCCUAGAGACCACUCUUGAGGAACGAAGUCGUUACGGAACUUUUCAUGUUUCUCAAGCAAUUCUCACUCCUCGGGUGAAAACUAUUGCACGACAUCUGGUCCGUGGCCUAAAGAACACGCUUGUUCACAGGAACCUGCCCAUGAUUUUGAACUGGGUGAAAGCACAGAAACCAGGUGUGAUGGGCGUUAACAUAAUUACAUCCGACUUUGUGGAGCUGGUUGAUUUUGCUGCUACAGUUAUUGCAUUAAAUGACCUCCUUCUAGAAGAGGAUGAUUCUUCAAGUAAAUCCUGAAUGCUGCGUCCCACUUGUACUUAUCAGUGAAGAUCUUUCAACUAUGCUCAACUUUUAAAGUGAAACCUACUGUAAUCAGUUAAUUUAAAACGAAGUUUUCCAGAGGAAAUGUGGUUUAAAAAUUAAAUUGUAUACAGGAGGUUCUUUUCUCCUCAGGCUCUGUGGAUCUGAGUGGAACACAGAGUACCGGCUGAGUGCUGCUGCAUGUCUUUUUGUGGCUGCAUGUUUGACUAAGUUAUGCACACAUCUGUUGCAGUACACAGUGUUUUGUGCCUGCCAACAAGAGGCUGGCCUCUGAAGCAGAUGUACCCACUUACUGUACGUAUCUCCUUGGUGACUAGUCUCACCUUGUCUCUGUGCAUCCUGCUUUCUUUCAACUCAAGGACUCAAAUCAAGGAUCAUUGCUGAUCCCUUUGUAGCAGUUUUACCAUUGCAGCUGAGACUUCUUUUUUUGGCCAUAUCAGGCAUAGCUGAUCUCAGCUAGAUGCUGCACUUGUAUUCAUCACACUGUUUUAGACACUACCUCUGACUUAACUGGGGAGGGGAAAAAAUAAAACAACCAAUACCCCUGUUGUUCAGGGAGAAGCAGUUGUUACACUCUUAAUAUCUUAAGUAUCCUUUGGACCCUGGAUGCAAAGACAUGGCGUACACUGCCUCUUUGGUGUCCAAACUCUCCUUCUAAACUCCAAACUCAAGUAAAUAUUUUACUUUAGUUCUUUACUGUGGCCACGCUUUAAUGUGUCUGUCUUUUGACAUUAAUUUGGAGAAUAUUCCAGUCCUUAAAUUAUCAGUAUUGUAACUCUCAAUUCUGAAUUCUUGUUGUGAGACAGUUAAACAAAACAAAAAGCAGCGACCUUUCUUUGAUUUGCUGGUCACUUUCUUUUUAUUCCAUCAGGUUUUGUGGGGAAAGUCUCUCACCCAGAUGGUCCUUCUAUGAAAGGACCUACGGAAGGAGGCAGGCUAAGUGGGAAUUUGCGUGGUAUUCAAAACAGUACUGAUAAGGAGUGCUCUAAACUGAGAUACAGGAUCUGAGUUUUACAGUGUGACAAUGAAUUCCAGAACUGGACUCAUGCUAUGCUUGCGGUCAGAGCUCCCACAGUUAUGUGGAAGGAAUUUCCUCGGCCUUUACCCACUUGUGACCAAGUAAGCUGUACUCACAAGGGCUAGCAGGCAUCAGUGCUGAGUGUAGUCGGAGUCAUUUUUGUUGAUGCACAACAAAUGUGACUGUGCUUCAGCCAAAGAUGUCACGUUGAUACUUCUGAGCACGUAAUUCAUGAGCUGACAGCAGCCCUGUGAUCUGUUUAUCUUGGGUUAAAAAACAACACAAGUGACUGGUGAGCAGAUACUUCUUGGUUGUCUUCCUAAACCAGCUGUUGGUGCAUUAAUUAUUCAGUGAUUAUUAACUUGUAUUAAUCUGUUCAUAAGAGAAUGGAUCGUCUUUAAGGGUAUUUUAUUCAAAAGAAAAACGAGUCUCUGGAUUUAUUAUUUAUCUUAUUGUGUGUCUGCUGCUGUGAUGAGACAGCACAGAAAAAUCCCAAACUAUUUUGUUUGUUGGUCACAUCUGACCUCAGGACUUUAUCUAAAGGUUUGCAAGCCUUCCACGUGAACCUUGGCCAAGUUCUGAGCAGGCUGUGAGCUGAUUUAUCUUAUCUACUUGUUGCAUGGUUUUUGUUUGAGUUAUUUGCAUUUCUUUUAAACUGAAUUAAGCUGAGUCUUUUUUUCCUUGGAGGUUGGGGAGGUUCUGUCUUUCAGUCUUUCUCUUCUCCUGUUGAGCAUCAGUAAGGCAGGGCCAAGUAAAUAAAGCAGUCCUGGGGAAAUGAAGCUCAACUUUCUAGUUUAAAAACUUUGUUUGACAACUCCAGCAGCAGAUUUCUAUUGCUGUUUUCUUGUUGGUUAAACUCUCAGGACUUGUUCUGAUCAGUACUAUUUUGUUUGCAGAGUUAUUUAAAAUACCUGUUUUUUUUCUUCAGCUGAGAUUUGUUAAUGUACUUUUGGCAUGGCCAAAUCCAGAACUCCGUAAUAGUAUUAAAUGUACAGUUUCUGUUUCAGUGGUCUUCUAGCUACAGAUCAUCUUAGAGCAGUAAAACUUACAUUAGGUGCUGAUGAGGCAGAAACAGAAUGUUUGCAGUGUUCUCUACAGAGCUAGAAGGCAAGAUGAGAAGGUGAAAUAAGUAUCAUGUUUGCAUUUGACCCUUAAUAUGUUUUGUACUGUAUAUAUCUACCUCCAAAAGAGAUUUAUUCAGGGUUAUCUACUACUUAUAUUGUGUGUACAGAGAAAUGGCUGUGGUGUUAGUCUUUCUGUUCUAUUUAUUUGAAUAGAGAUGUGAUGAUUGCAACUCAGGGUUUUGGUUAAGUAUUUUUGAGUACAAACUCAAGUUUUUUUAACUUAUUUGCCGUUGGCUCUAACCCCUUGAAAUGGGACAAAAGAGUUUGAGGUGGUAAGAGCAUUGUUAGCAGCGGGAUAAGAAAUGGAAAAUAGCUUUAGGAUUAAUUGUGAAGUAGGAGGAGAAACUCUUCUGUAAACCUAGCCCCCCUGGAGAAGCUCCUGUUGUUUCAAAGCAGUGUUUGGUGUUCUGCCUCUGUGAGGAACCUGACUUACUCAGUAGGAAGUUGGUGACUGGCAGGUACAGUUGCCUGCUGCAGGACAUUUUCUGGACAGUACUGAUGUUUAGAAUUGAUUUUAGGGUAAUUCCAAACCGUCCUAAGCAGCAAGAACUGCCUUUCUCCUGUUGCACAUCAUAUCCCAUAACAAAGCUGCUCAUGUAACAGGCUUAUUUCUCUCAGCCCCCACAGCAUAUCCAGAUACCCUCACACGCUUUGAAGAUGAGCUUCUCUCCAACUUGGCCUUUGAGUUGUGGGCUCUUAUUUUCCAGCAGUAUAGAACUGACAAGGAAGAGGUGACCUGGGCAGGAAAUGCGAGUGAGGGAGGUAAGGCAGUAGGCAGUAUCUCCAUCCCACACAUGAGGUGUGGCAGUGCUUAGUCAAGUUUGUGGCAGCAGUGCGGAGCAGGUCUGGUGAGUGCUGGUGGUGGGCACUGCUCAUACUGAGAAACUCAGCUGAGUCCUGCUCUGAGUGGGCUGCAGCUGAGCCAGGUGUGGAACAGCAAGCAGACAGCAAGGCCGUGUGUGACCCUAAGUGAAAUGAAGAUUGGCAUUAGUGCAGGAGAACGUUAAGGGAUCUGUGUGGUUGAUGCAGACAUGCAUCUGUUGAGCGUGGUCAUAGCUUUACUUGCUUCUUCUCAAAGCAAUAGGAUUAACUUUUGAACGGUUUAAGUUGAAAACUCUGUGGGUAAUUGAGUACUUGAUCAUUUUGUAGGUGCUGGGAGAGGAAAAAGCCCAUAUACUAAUAGCUGCUUGAGGCAAAAUACUUGAAAUGUGUGUUCUUGAGUAAUUAUUUAUAAUGUAUAGUAUUAUAGAUUGUUUAUUUGCUGUUUCAUGGCUGUCACUUCAGCAUCCGCACACAAGGAAGAGAAUGAGCGCACUGGCGGUGUACCCAUGCUACUGGCACUGAGCACUGCCAUGUGUGCCUGAGGGCUGUUCCUGAGGCUCACAGACCUCUGUGCACAUCCUGGUGGGGAGCAGCAGAGAGAAGAGUAUCAGGAGCAUGGGAGUUGUAGUGUCUUACUGUAUGUUUGUAAGUGAAAGAUAAGAAUUGUAACUAACUUGAUUUUCAGACUUAUCAGUCGCUUAGCUCCUUUUUUUUUAUUUGGCAAGGGGAAGCUGAGCUGAGAGUUGUAGUUUUUUGUUUGCUUUGUUGUUGCUGUUUAUUUGAGAACAAAAGGCAGAUUCACAUUAUCCAAGUUUCUUGCAGGUGCUUUGCUGUGAUGGUGAAAGUCCUGCUGGAGACGGUGCUGAUAAAGGAUGUUUUAGGGGCACGGUGGUCAGUGACAUGCGUCAGAUUGGGGAUCUCUGAGCAGGAUAGCAGCUUCUUUGUAAUCAGCAUUUCUACUAAACUGUCCUUUUUAGGGAAGAAAGGAACAACUGAGGAAAAAUGGGAUCAUCUGCUUCUGACACCUGUUUUCUGCUGUGUUGGUACUGUGAUAAUGUGUUGAUGUUCAGGAGGCACUCAUGCCGUAACGGUAGAGUUCUUAGAGCAGGGACUUCUGUUCCAUGUAGGGUGUCUGCCAAGGUACUUAUCUAUUGUUCUGAUCUGGUUAAGCCUUGGGAAUAUUUUCCUUGUGUACCUGUCUCAGAUGUCAGAGUUCAUGUGUACAGAGUUCAGUGCGUAAUUAGCAGUUCUCAUUUUUAGAUAUUUUUUUCAAAUAUGGGGGGUGGUGAUCCUGGUUUAUAGUAGAUUAAACAUGAAAGUCAGUUGACAGAGCACAUGAGACUUGAUCGUUACUUGAAUAUGAAAUAUUUACUAGAGUCCAUAUGCACUUUCAUUAAGACUUUCAGGAACACUUGAGUAUAUUGUAAGCCAUCCUUAAAACUUGAGGACCUCUUCUUGGGAUGAAACAUAAGCUGAAUUUGUGGUGGCAACUUUGAAUGCAGGAGAAUUAUUCAGUGUGAAGACCAGAACUAACCCAGAACUGUAUUCAAACUUCAUACUAUAUUGAGAUGUAGUCAUUUUAAGAGAGGAAGAGGAGAUUUCUUGCUCUUCUAGGUGUAUGAUGGAAGUUCUUCCACUGUCUGGUAGCCAGAGCAUAUACUGCUGAAGUAGUGGAAACCUGCUGGGUGCUGAUCUUUCUAAGAGUCCCAGUUCAACUUGCUGACAGAAGGCACUAUGGUAGGAGUUCACUGUAUGUGAACUGGCCUCCAUCUACUAGUUAUUUUACAAAUAACAGCUCUUGGCUUUUAACAAGUCUGUGAUUGGACCAAGAGAAAUGCACAUCCAUGCAUUUUUGUCGAAACACACCAAUAUUACUUGGCUGAAAUGUUUUCAAACUCAAGUUAGUUUUAUUUGAAUACAGGUUUGAAAAGCUGUUUUGCAGUAGUGAAAUGCUUCACGUGCUGUCGCUGGGAGGUGUAAGUGCAAUAGAUCUGUUUUGACUUGAGCUGAUAGAAGAACCCAAGCAUAUACUGGAGAGUGAGUAGACUUUGUGCUAAUAAUGUGUAUGUUGGGCUAAUGUGGGUAAGAAUGUAGCAUUCUACUUAGUUGUAAGUAGAUGCAUGAUAAUCUUACUAGCACUUUGGGUCAGAUUGUUUAAACCAGUCUCUAUUUUACACUGUUAAAAAGGUCAGGCCCACUGAAUGUCAGUCUCACUGAAGAAGUAUGUACCCGUAAACAUUUUCUACAAGUAUUUAAUCUUAUAAACAAGCUUUAGCUCUUAAUUGUAGUGCCUGGAUUAGCACUGUCAGCUUAGUUGUUUGCUGAAUCAAAUUAUAUUUGAUAUAAUAUAUUUAUAUUAUAAAAGCUUACGUAUUGUGGUGUUCAGUGAUACAGUGCUGCUGUUAUGCUUUGUAGACCUGUGAUAAUUUACUGUCUGUCUCUCAAAUGCAGCUGUAAUGUGUUCUUAAUUCUUAGGGAGAAGUACAUUCUCUAUCAAAGUAAUUUUGACUCUUCAAUUUUGCUGAAUGUCAAAUGUAUUUUGUAAUUGAAAUUUUUGUUUAUACCCUCAGUGGGAGGGGGGGUAAAAGAAUCCAGGUGAAGAAUUAAUUACUUGCAAUUCAUAUUUUGUGCAAUUUAUCUUCUUUUGUUUGGCCAUUCAUGCUUUGAGUCUGUGCAAUUCAGUCUUGUGAUACCAGGAUGCCUCACUUUAACUGCAGAUAAACUUGAGGUUGACAUCUGUUUUUUCCUGAUUUAUUCUGCAUCUAUAUCAUUGGGGUUUUUAAUCCUGAAAAUAAAAGUAUAUUGAGAUAA